AUGAGCGCGACGCUGGAGUUCGCCUGCUCCCGCCGGGUGUGCGGCGCCGUGGCCGCGACCUGGUUCGAAGCUCUUGCUGCUGACGGGCAGGCAGCGUUUGGCCGCGUUGCCCGCGCCCUGCAGCGCCCUGCGGAGCGCGAACUUCCUGAGGCGCAAGCCCAAGCAAAAAUAGCUGGUCCAGUGCAUUUUUGCAACAUGUUUCCUAUAGAAAGGUAUUUGUGCCGGUGUAAGGGCUUUGUUCAUACUAGAAGUCAUCCAGAGGGAUCUAUUGCCGAGAGCUAUUUAUUUGAUGAGACUCUUACGUACUGUUCUCGGCAUAUAAAGGGCGAAACUCAGUUUACUCGACAAAUUAGAAAUGAUCAAGGUUUGGGUAUGGAAACUAGUAGUACCACACCUUUCUUCAGCAACCUUGGUCGAGGAUUAGUUGGCAAGCAUUCUGUGUUAUUGGACAAUAAGACUUGGAUUCAAGCUCAUAGAUAUGUCUUGUUCAACUAUGACCACAUAGAACCUUAUUUGAACAAGCAUAAGGAAUAUCUUUCCUCAAUUGGUCUUCAAAAUAAUCGACAAAUUAGUCGUGUCCAGCAUGAGUCCUUCCAUGAGUGGUUUAAGAAGCAUGUAAGUGGUCACACGUCUCUCUUUUCUUGUGAUGUAUAUAUAUGUAGCGAGUUCCAUCCAAUUUUAAAAACACUAUAUUCACAGGUGGAAGAAAUGGGUGACAAAGUGUUAGAGGAGAUAAGUAUUUUAGCUCAGGGGCCAUUCAAAGUUGCACAACAGUUUAGUAGCUAUACUAGAAAUGGGUUACAUUUUCAUACGCAGUCCUAUGAUGAUGGUAGGCCAGUGCAAAAUAGUGGUGUAGCUCUAGUUGCACAGACUACACGUUAUGAAAAAGGAAACGCUGAUAAUAUGAUAAUAGGAAACCAAACAUUUUAUGGCAUCAUAAAGGAAAUUCUUGAGUUGAACUAUGAAAAUAAAGGAAAAAUAGUUCUCUUCAAAUGUGAUUGGGUUGACAACCGCAGGAAAGACAAGUGGGUAAAAGUUGAUCGCCUUGGGGUAACUUCUAUGAAUUUCAAACAUUUGGUCAAUACUGGUGAAAAUAUAUCAGAUGAGCCUUUUGUUUUAGCAUCACAAGAAACUCAAGUUUUCUAUGUUGAAGACCCAAUUGAUGAUGAAUGGGUUACUGUUAGCCACUACAAUCCAUGGGGCUCAUAUGCCAUGCAUGAAGCUGAAGAUGAGGAUGUAGAGACCGCUAUGCCAAUGGUUGAUCCACAUAUCUAUUCAUGUUUCCAUGAUGAUCUUCAAAGUAAUGAUUGUGCUAGAACAGACAUAGAUGGGAGAAUUGUGUAUGCUAAAAAAUUUAGAAAGUAA